CCAGGGUUGAGGGCGGGGUAUAAAUGCGACCCCCCGCGCGCUCAUCUCUGUAAACCUCUGCGCUCUCCAGGUUCUGUGCAGAAGCUCCUCGGUGGAUUCCUCAGGACUUUCAUAAUCACCCAUAAAGCGCGGAGAGAUGAAGGGAUUGCUGCUGACGUCACUGCUGAUCUGCACCAGCGCGCGCGUCACCACCGCGAUCUACUGGCUGGGUCUGACGGUGAACGGUAGUUCAGUAGGGUGGAAUGAGACGCAGCAUUGCCGCUUGCUCCACGCGAUGGUUCCGGACCAGCAGCAGUUGUGCAGGAGGAACCUGGAGCUGAUGCGCAGCGUGGUGCGAGCGGCCGAGUUCAGUAAGACGGCCUGCAGACACGCCUUCGGGGACAUGCGCUGGAACUGCUCCUCUGUAGAGCGCGCACCUCACUUCCUCCCCGACCUCGCCAAGGGUACACGUGAGGCUGCGUUCGUCUCCUCUCUCUCCGCGGCUGUUCUCAGUCACACUAUCUCUCGCGCCUGUUCGUCGGGCGAGUUGCCGAGUUGUUCGUGUGCGGCGGCUCCGGCUGAGCAGGCGUCUCCGGAUUUCCGCUGGGGAGGAUGUGGAGAUAACGUACGCUUCGGCCUGCAGAUGGGCGCGGCUUUCUCUGACGCCGCCUUAAACAGCAGACGCUCCGCCUCCCCUUCUGUGCGGCUCAUGCACCUGCACAACAACGCCGUCGGCCGACAGGUUCUGUUGGACUCGGUGGAGACGAAGUGUAAGUGUCACGGCGUCUCCGGCUCGUGUUCGGUGAAGACCUGCUGGAAGUCCCUCUUGGAUGUGGGUCAGGUCUCGGCUCAGCUCAAGGCUCGUUACCUGUCGGCCACCAAGGUGACGUCACGCCAGGUGGGCACACGCCGUCAUCUGGUUCCCCGGGACAUGGAGGUGAGACCGGUCCUGGAGAGCGAGCUCGUUUACCUGAUCAGCUCACCCGAUUACUGCACCUCCAACAUCAAGCACGGCUCAUAUGGGACCACGGACAGGCAGUGUAAUAAGACGGCAAGCGGGAGUGGCAGUUGUAAUUUGAUGUGUUGUGGGCGGGGCUACAACACCUACACUGAGCAGGUGGAGGAGCGAUGCCACUGCAGGUAUCACUGGUGCUGCUACGUCACCUGUAAGAAGUGCACACACACCGUCGAGAGACACGUCUGCAAGUGACACACACACACACUCGAGAGCCAAGAAAGAGAAGGACUCCAAGUACAAGCACUACCUCUCCCUCACUCUGUAUGUGAAUACGACCCAGGAAGCUGAUGAGUGUGUGUGUGUGUGUGUGUGCGCACACUGGACUCACACAAAGCACGAGAACAGAAAGACGAGGAAACCCCUGCGUCUCGGCUUGACCUUCGACGUGCCCUUGUCGACUUCCCCUACUCACACACACAGGUGGAGAGGAGUGUGUAUCGCAGCGGACUUUACACACAAACACACACUCUGAACGCAGAGGAUUAAAUACCAGGAUGUUGAAACGAGACGUGAAGUGGUUUUGUUCACUCCUGUUUGUGCCGCCAUUUGAGAAAGAGACUGUCAGGUUCCAGCAGUGCAUUGUGGGUAAUCUGAGUUCCUGACCCCACACACACACACACACACACACACACAGGUGUUUAUCGUGUUUGUAUCUCACUGAUGUAAAAUAAACUUCUGUGUAUGUAUUUAUUUUAAGUAAAACA